AUGGCUAAUCAUCAAGAGAGAUUGUACAGGCGGAUGUCCAAUUCCACAUUAUUUUACAUUCCAAGUCAUAUAUCCUCUCAUCUUAAGGGUCUUGAUUCUGGUACUCUCAGCAAAAAGGGUAUCGAUGAUUACUCAUUCGAUGUGUUUAGUUUAAACGAAAAAGCGCAUGGACAAGGUCUGAGAUACUUGGCUUAUGAUCUUCUUAAUCGUUAUGGACUUACUCACAAGUUUAAGGUUCCGACCUCUACAAUGGAAAAUUUCAUGACACAAGUACUGCACGGUUAUACCCGUCACAAAAACCCUUACCACAAUGAUCUCCAUGCUGCUGACGUCACUCAAACAGUGCACUAUAUGUUAUGUCAACAAGGAUUAGCGAAUUGGCUCUCCGACUUGGAAAUAUUUGCCGCUAUUGUUGCAGCCAUUAUUCAUGACUACGAUCACACUGGGACCACGAAUAAUUUCCAUGUUAUGUCCAGAUCUGAAACUGCUCUAUUGUAUAAUGAUCGAGCUGUCUUAGAAAAUCAUCACGUCAGCACAGCUUUUCGUAUGAUGCGAGAAGAUGAUUGUAACAUCUUGUUUCAUUUAAGUAAAGAUGAGUUCAAAGAAUUUCGCACUCUAGUCAUAGAUAUGGUUCUAGCAACAGAUAUGUCUUCCCACUUUCAACAGAUCAAAUCAGUAAAAUCAUUAAUCAGUCAUUCAGAAUUUAGUAUUGAGAAGUCGAAAGCCCUUUCCUUGGUACUUCACUGCUGUGAUAUAAGUCAUCCAAGUAAAAACUGGGAUUUGCACCAUCGAUGGACAUUAUUGCUCAUGGAAGAGUUUUUUCUUCAGGGUGACAAAGAAAAGGUCCUUGGACUUCCUUAUUCUCCUCUGUGUGACAGGAAUACCACGCUCAUAGCUGAAUCUCAAAUAGGUUUCAUUGAUUUCAUCGUGUCUCCAAGUUUAGAAGUAUGUGGAGAUUUACUCGAAAAGAUUGAACACAAAACGCAAAGCGUCCGUGCACCUCCUAUUACGGAAUCAGUAAGUGAAGAUGUGAGCACAGAAGAUACUAAACCUUCAGCACUACGAAGAAAAUCUCAAUCUCUAACAGGAGCUUUGGCUAAUGCAAUCAAACGAGAUAAUUCAACUGAAUCUCAAUCCCCUCCAUCUGAGCCUGGCCCCAGUACUAGCAAUGAUAAUGUUUCCACAUCGCCUAAAGCACCUUUUGUAUGCUCUAAAGUAAAAAGGCCUUGGGUAUCUCUUCUAGAAGAAAACAAAAAGAAAUGGAAAGAACGAACUCAUAAAGUGCUUUCUGUCACCAUCUGUCACAGUUACCCAUUGAAAGAAGACGUAACACAUUAUACUAACUCUACCCGAAAAUUGCAAGAACACAUACAAAUGAUGAGGAAACGUGUUUGCAAAGAUCCAGUACCUAAGCUUUUUGUCGUGGGAGACGUGUAUCCAAUAUCACAUGGAUUAUACAACCCUCAUUGUGUUGUUCUCCAUAGAUGUGAUAAUGAUGCUGGUUGUUGUAGAAGAGAUGAUCUCAUUUGCUCGCCAAUAGAAGAAGAAAUCGUCAAACUUCAUAUAAGAGUGACGGAACCAAAUAAUGGAAAACGUAAAGGUAAAACUUUUCUGAUGGCUUUUGUCAAUCACACUGUUUGUGGUUGUCAAGAGAUCAUUUAA